CUUAAAUCAAACAAACACACGCAUCAAGGGAAGGGAAAACCAAGAUCAAUUCAAAACUCGUCUUUUUCUUCUUCUAUUCAAUGGCAGAACCGUCUCCUCUCUGUCGAAGCAAACCUCUAAUCACGGACUCAGAUAUGGAAGCUGCGCAACAUCUUAUUCAACUGAGCGAAGAUAGCAGCAGCGACAACAUUGCAGGGAACAAGAGGAACAGAAGCUGUGACGGAGAAGAGGUUCAGCAAAGGCCUACCGACAAAACCGCUAGGAAGAAGAUUCUGGAGAUUUUUGGGGAAGACGAGGUUUCUCAGCCAAAGAAGCGAAGGAGGUAUCGAUCUCUUGUAAGCAUAUACAUGGCCACUAGCCCCGUAUCAUUGUUUCAAACGUGAAUGAAUUUUCUCCUUGCUUUUUCAAUAGAGAAUGAAGUCAGGGAUUUCAACUGCACUGGACGCUGUUUGUUCAUUCUCAAUCCCAUGAUCGAUGAUACAAAGUGCAUGUGCAUGAUUCUCGUAAUUGAGUUCUCAUUUUUUAUUA